GCGGCGAGUCGGUAGAAGAUGUUGAGCGGAUUUGAUCGAGUCCGGUUAGGUUGCUUGAGAGCCUGAUGACGACGACAGCCACAACCACCCCCGGUUGACUUUGAGAGGGACUCGGUGCUCUUCCUGCUCUCUCUCUUCCCACCAAGUCUUCUAAUCCUGUUCUUCGACUCUCAACCGCAACCACUUCUUGGUCGGGGAGGGAAUGGGAAAGGAGAGCGCAUCCGCGGCGGCGAGGGAGGAUGAGGCCAAGUUGCAGCCGUGGCGGGGGGACGGCGGCGACGCCCACCAGCACGAAAUCGAUCCCCCGCACCCGGUGGCGGCUCCGCCUACCGCGCGGGCGAAGCCGCCGCAGCGGCAGCGGGACGAGCGGUGGCGGCCGUGGCUGGUGCCCACGAUCUUCGUGGCGAACGUGGCGAUGUUCGUGAUCACGAUGUACGUCAACGACUGCCGCAAGAACAACUCCAUCCGCUCCUGCGUCCUCCCUUCGCUCGGCCGGUUCUCCUUCGAGCCCCUCAAGCAGAACCCCCUCCUCGGCCCUUCUGCCAAAACGCUACAAAAGAUGGGAGGCCUAGUAGUUGACAAAGUAGUUCAUGGUCACCAAGGAUGGCGUCUCAUUAGCUGCAUUUGGCUACACGGUGGAGUCAUCCAUCUACUAGCUAAUAUGUUGUGCCUCUUAUUGAUUGGAAUUAGACUCGAACAAGAAUUUGGAUUCGUGAGAAUUGGCCCUCUAUAUGUCAUCGCUGGAGUUGGUGGAAGCUUGUUGUCUGCUCUUUUUGUCCAAGCAAGUGUCUCUGUUGGUGCUUCUGGUGCUCUUUUUGGGUUGCUUGGAGCCAUGCUUUCAGAACUUAUAACAAAUUGGACAAUUUAUGCUAAUAAGUUUGCCGCAUUGAUAUCUCUCAUCCUGAUAGUUUCGAUUAACUUGGGUCUCGGAAUCCUCCCCCACAUCGACAACUUUGCUCACAUAGGAGGAUUCAUUACAGGGUUCCUUCUUGGAUUUGUCCUUCUAAUCCGCCCACAAUAUGGAUAUAGAAGCCAAAAGUACAAUCCUCUCGGAUAUAAUGGCCCAGCAAAGAACAAACACAUGAUAUACCAAUAUGUGCUAUGGGUUGCUAGUGCCAUCUUAUUAAUUGUCGGGUUGACUGUAUCUCUGAUUUUGCUGUUCAGAGGGUUCAAUGGAAAUGAUCACUGCUCAUGGUGCCAUUAUCUAAGCUGCGUACCCACUUCAAAAUGGAGCUGCAAACAAGGAACAGAAUCAUGCCAGGUUUUCGAAAGUGGUAACCAAUGGAACAUAACCUGCCAAGACAGUGGGAGAAGCCGAAUAUUCAUAAAUGCAACUCAAUCUAUGGAUGACCUGUGUUAUCAGCUGUGCAGUUAGCAAGCAACACUCAUUCCAUUCUACUGGUCUCUUAUUUGGUAUACUCAUUUAAAUUCAGAUCUACCAGUUGUUUUUUUUUUUUUUAAUUAGCACAUACAUGCGUGUACAAAAGUCAGUUAUCAGAUUUACCCUACACAAUUUUUUUCAGAAUAAAUUUAUGCAUGAAAAGUUGUGAUUGUUCAUGCUUGUCA